CUGGAAUCUCUGAAGUAUCUAAGUUGUUUUUUUUUUCAGAAAUGUUAUGAUGAAGAAAGGAAGAUCAAUAUGAAAUAGAAAGGUUAAAGGCAAUAAAGACAAAAUGGAAGAAAUCACGGAUGAUGCUUUCAGACAGCUGUUGUCAUUUUUUUCGAAUUGGUAUGACCAGCGUGGAUGGAUCGGUAUGCUCAAAGUUUUGUACAGAGAUCUCUUUGAAAACAAAUUUGAGUUGAAUAAGGCUGCUAAGGUGAUAGACUUAAUGAAUUUGCUGAUUGCUUCUGGAGAUCUGCACUCAACAUACCUCAGUAUUCUCUAUGAUACCAUAAACAUAACAAAGCAAUAUGGUUUGGAAAGGGAAAUCAAAGAUAACCUGCUACCAUCAUUCCCAAAUGUUAGAGAUGUAAUGACCUCAAAAUUCACACCUCACAGACAAAAAAUUAUGAAGCUUGGAAUGGUACUGAUUGAUGACGACAUAAAAAUGAUCAGUGGAUUGUAUAACAAACCAAAGAAGUAUGCAGACACAUGGAGUUUGAUUAUGGAUUUGGAGCACAACAGGAUAAUUUGUGAAGGAAAUAUGGACACUUUCAUUGAGAAAUUGAAUACCCUGAAACUCCAACAGGCUGUGGAAGUUUUCAAAGAAGACAUUCCAGCUCCAAAUCCAUCUUCAAACCCAGGACAAGCAAGUAACAUUCCAAAGUCACCAUCGAAUUCAGGACAAGCAAGUGACAUUCCAAAUACAUCUUCAAACUCAGGGAAUAGAUUUGGUGAAGACAUUCAAACUCCAAAGCCAUCUUUAAACCCAGGACAAGCAAGUGACAUUCCAAAUGCACCUUCAAUCUCAGGACAUAGAUUUAGUGAAGUCUCUCAAGUUGCAUCUUCACACACCAGAAAGAAACGUCGUAAAGUCUCUCAAAGUGCAUCUUCAUACACAAGUAAGAAACCUCAUAAAGUCUCUCAAGCUGCAUCUUCACAUGUCGGAAAGAAACGUCGUAAAGGCUUUCAAAGUGCACUUCACACACAUGGACAAAGACCUGGUAAAGUCACUUUGGGAUUGAAACGCCAGCAAAUAGAUCAACCUGAUCCUGAAAUAGUAUACCAACCAGGUCAAAAGACUCCCCUGGAUAUGGUUAAUGAACUCCAUGAAAAUAUUGAAAUGUUGAAAGCAAAGGAUUUUAAAGCAUUUUCUACAAAAUUUAAACAUAUUUAUGAUUACCUCAAAAGUCUAAAGUUAUUUAUAGAUGGAAUAUCAGAAGGAUCUAUUGUAUUUCAUCUUUAUGUUUAUGAUCCAUAUGCAUUGAUGAAUUUAUGGGAAAUACAUUCAAGUGGGGAACUCAUCAAUGAUUUUGGAGCAAUAAUAGUCCCAGAAAAUCUUCAAUUUGAACUUGCAUCCAGUAUUGUAUAUUGUUCUAAUUCAGGGGCUGAUCCAGCAUUUUUUUAAAGUGGGAGGAGAGCGGCAGCAUGUAUUUUAAGAUUUGGGGGGGUCUGGACAAAUUUUAUUUACGUACUCAGCAGUGACUUAGCAGUGAAGUAUAGCAGAGAGCAUAACAAAUUUUGAGGAUUAUUAGACUAAAACUUAUAAUUUUAUUCAUUGGAAAAUACAAAAAUGGAUCAAGUUAUUAGUUAUCAUUAUUCUCAUUUAAGCCUUUACUAGUGUUUAAAUUAUGUAGAAUUGUGAUUUAUAGAAUACUAUUUUUUCUUUUCAUAUUUUAUUAUUUCCCCCCACACUCUGGCAUCGGUUGAUCCGCUCGAGCUGGCUCAGUCAAACAAGGCCUCUAGCAUCAUACUGAGGCCUUGCAAGGCAAGCCCAUCAAUCACUAGCCGGACCGAUUCCAGACUGCCGGCCAGAAUUUGACAUAGCCUCAACUGCCCAGACUGGGAUUGGUUACCUAGAUAAACUAUUUCUUAACUUGAUAUAUGAGAAAAUCUCACAAUUGUCUAUAGGAUUGUUUUAUGUUCUUUGACUGAUUCAGUUUUUGUUUAAUCUUCUAUUUAUAGGUGUGAAAUGUACACUUAAGCGCAAAAAGAAGGAUUAUCGACCACAUCCAGAAUAUGUUCUUAAUUUGUUAAAAGAAUUUGAUAAACAUAAAAGCCAUCUACGUUGUAUUCAUUUGCCAGAGUGUUUUGCUGGACUAA